AUGAAGUCCUGGUCUAGAGCACUGGCUGCUCUCACUUUUGCACUUUCACUGCUAUCGUUUUUGUGGCCUGGUGGAGCUGGAGACAACCGUCCGUUAACACAAGGAUCUUCCUUCUCGGGAUCAUCCUCUCAGGCUCUCAAAGAUUUGCAAGGGGACAGGAAGAAUCCUUAUAAGCAGGUGGACUCAUGCUUUCGAAAGAUACCUCCAUCAACUUCGAAUCCCAUACAGAACAAGUCCAAUCCUCCAUCUACCGGCUGAGAAAGUACAGAACAAGGAUUAGUGGAAUCUCAACAGAAUCUAGUUUUAUUUUUCUUUCAUUCGCAUAUUUGUUAGACAUAGGGUGGCAAUGUAUUACUUUUUUCAGACUCCAAGAAAGGUUAUAUGUAUUUUUUAGAGGUAUAAUGCAUUCACAGUAGUUUUGGCCAACAUGGGCUGUGGAUUAAUGUUCUCAACUGAGAAUGCUCAGUAUCUGGAUGUAGAAUUAAAACAACUCCUUUGUUUAACUUCGACUUCAAAAGCAAA